AUGGCCGUGUUCCUGAGCAACGACGCCUUGGUGGGCCGCUUGGUGCCCGGCCCGACGAUGGAGCGCGGCCACGCGCUGAACCUCUACGCGCAUCCCAAGGAGCCCAAGCUCGUCUACUGCUUCGGCAAGUACGUCGUCGCGCGAAAUUUGAACGACAGCGGCGACAACUUCGUCUACCGCGGCCACAAGUACGACGUCGGCGCCGCGGCGUUCAGCCCCAACGGCUACUGGGUCGCGUCGGGCGACGCGGGCGGCUUCCUCCGCGUCUGGAGCUGGGACAACCCGGAGCACGUCCUCAAGGUCGAGGUCCAGGUCUUCGCCGGCGCCAUCAAGGACCUGCAGUGGGACGGCGAGUCGAAGAAGAUCGUCGUCGUCGGCGACGGCAAGGGCGUCGUCGCCAAGUGCGUCAUGUGGGACACGGGCAACGCGGCGGGCGAGAUGGUCGGCCACAGCAAGAAGGCCAUCACGUGCGCGUACCGCCAGGCGCGGCCCUUCCGCAUCAUGACGGGCUCCGAGGACUUCAAGUGCGCCUUCUACAAGGGCCCGCCCUUCAAGCUCGACCACACGUGCGCGGAGCACAAGAACUACGUCAACAAGGUCGCCUAUUCGCCGUCCGGCGAUUUCGUCGCGUCCGUGGGCAGCGACAAGAAGAUCGUCCUCUACGACGGCAAGGAGGGGACCGUCGCCGGCGAGCUCAAGGGCGACGGCAAGGCGCACCCGCAGGGGUCCGUCUACUCGUGCGCGUGGGCGCCCGACUCGUCGAAAUUGCUGACGGCGUCCGCGGACAAGGCGCUCCACCUCUGGGACGUCGGGGCCAAGAGCCUCGUGGCGACCAAGGCCAUGGGCGCGGACGUCGCGGACAUGCAGAUGGCCGCCGUCUGGGUCCACGGCCAGGCCAUGUCCGUGUCGCUGUCGGGCGACGUGAACUACCUCGACGAGGCGCUGAACGUCACCAAGGUCGUCCAGGCGCCCCAGGCGCCCGUGAGCGCCAUGGCCGUCGUCGGGUCCACGAUCGUCGCCGGCUGCAACGACGGCACGGUGUUCAAAUCGACGGACGCGAAGAGCUGGACGAAGCUGGACGGCGCCGUCCCGCGGUCGCACGUCCGGGCCGCGCACGGGGGCAAGGUCACGGCCGUCGCGGCCUUCGGCGGCGGCUUCGCGACGGCGGGCUUCGACGACACCGUGCGCUUCUGCGACGGCGCCGCCUACGACGCCGAGGUCAAGGUCGACGGCCAGCCCAAGGGCCUCGCGGCGCUCGGCGGCGACAACGUCGCCGUGGCGACGACGAAGGGCCUCGCGAUCGUGUCCAAGGGCGCGACCUUCGCGGGCGUCGUCAAGUUCGAGGCCGUGGCCUGGGACGCGACGGCGUUGGCCGCGGCGCCCGACGGGUCCAAGUUCGCCGUCGGCGCCAAGGACGGCGCGAUCCGCGUCUUCGACGCGUCGCUCGCGGAAGUCGCGGCGCUGCCGCCCCAGCGCGGCGAGAUCACGUCCCUCGCCUGGUCGCCCGACGGGUCCAAGCUCGCCGCCGGCGACGCGGACCGCGAGAUCAAGGUCUACGACGCGUCCGCGGGAUUCGCCGUCGUCGUCCAGAACCUCUGGCGGUUCCACACCGCGCGCGUGACCGCGCUCGCGUGGUCGCCCGACUCCAUGUUCCUCGCGUCGUCGAGCAACGACGAGUCCAUCUUCUACUGGUCCCUCGCGAACCCGCAGAAGAGCGCCCACAAGUACGACUUCACGCACAAGGACGGCACGACGGCGCUCGCGUUCCUCGGAGGGAACGUCGUCUCCGCGGGCAACGACGCGUGCGUCUGCCUCUGGACCGUCUAG